AUGUGUUGCGCCGCGUUUCUGUAUGAUAUGCGCGAAUGGUUGAGUCGUGCGUGCCGUGUGGUUGCCGCUUAUUACUCAGGCGUAUUGCGAGAUAUUUAUUGCGUGAACUUGACGAAGAAUACCACCAUGAGCGGAGUGAAGCGUAAAUCGUGCAUGAGAGAGGAAGUAUCAUCGAAUAUCCCGAAAAAGCAUGGACGACGUUCCCGUAACGUUAGGGAAGAAUUGGACGACUUGCGACAAUGUGCUGAACUGGUGGACAUUUUACGUAGCUAUAGGACUGCCGAUAAUCGGAUACUGUGUGAAAGUUUCAUCCGUGCACCAUCUCGCCGCACGGAUCCAAAAUAUUUUGACGUUGUUACACAUCCGAUCGAUUUGACAAGGAUUCAGCAGAAAAUUAAAACCGAAGAGUACAGUACUGUCGAAGAUCUUUCGACAGAUAUCCGUUUAUUGGUUAAUAACAAUAAGACUUAUUACAAGGAGGGCAGUCAGGAGUAUAAAGAUGCUUGCGAAUUAUGGGAAUUAUUUGAGUCGCAGAGGAAAGAAAUGUUUAGGAAUGCUUCCGCUGCAGAAUUGGAAGAACACCAGAAUACAAUAAUUGAGACAAAACGCGAUAUGGUGCCAAUUGAUUUACUGGAAGAAAUCAUUGUCUGCACUCUAGAGCUCACAGAUGAAACUGGCCGAUUGCUUAGUCCACCUUUCCGUGUUUUACUUUCUCAAGAAGAAUUUCCUACUUAUUAUGAUCGAAUCAAAAAACCAAUUGAUCUCAAACAAAUAACGAUAAAGAUUCGCUCCGGCGAAUAUCACACCUGGCAACAAUUUGAUGCCGAUUUUCGAUUAAUGUGUAAAAAUGCAAAAGCCUUUAACGAAUUAGGUUCAGUGAUUAGUAAGGAUGCUUCCAUGUUGCUGAAAAAUUAUAUGAAACGUAAGGCAGAAUUAUGUAAUUCCAAACAUAAGCCGCUGACAAUUAAAAGGAUCAAUGCAAAUAAGCAAGUUUUGGAUGAAUUGUUAACACAGAAUGCUGCAGUUAAUUCAGGUCAAGAAUAUUCAGAAGAUUCGGAGGAAGACGAGGAUUCGGAACAUAGCAGUGAAGCAAAAUGGGUUUUGUAUUGGACAAUUCGCAAUGAGCCUAAUCCAAUUGAUCCAGAAACUAACCUGGCAGAUCCAUUUUUGGAGUUACCCAGUAAAAGUUGGUAUCCAGAUUAUUUUGACGAGAUUUCGGAACCCAUGUCUCUUUUUAUGAUAAAUAAGAAAUUAAAACGUGAUGAAUAUCGUACAUUGGAAGAACUUCUGAAGGAUAUCGUGCUCAUUUUUGAAAAUGCGAAAACCUACAACGUUGAAGGUUCUGAUAUUUAUGAAGCGGCAGCAAAACUGGAAAGACUGGCAAAAUCAAAAGCUCGAACGUUGCAGAAGAAUGUUAAAGUAAACGAAGCUGGAGAAAAGAUAUUAAAUAAAAGCGCACAAUUGCCGACUGUUACACGAUCUGUUUGGAAAAAAUUGCAAAAAAUAGGGGGAUCAACAUCUACGCAGACAUCAGGUUCAGGCGUAAAACCAGAAUCAUCAGUUGUUCCAUCAUCAUCGGCUGAAAGCUCUGAGUUUAGAAGACGCGGAAGUAAUCGAGGGUGCAGCGACGAGAUGUUAGCAGUUUUUCGGAGCAAAGUGAAAAUAUUGUGGAACGCUGUUUAUAAUCAUAUGGAUGGUAAACGACGUGUUGCUACUGAUUUUAUGUUCCUACCAUCAAGGAAAGAUUAUCCAGAAUAUUACGACCAUAUUGAAAAACCUAUUGACUUAACUACGAUCAAACACAAAAUUGAAACUGAUCAGUACACUUCAACGAGUGAUUUUAUGAAAGAUAUGGAUCUACUUGUCCACAAUGCUUGGGACUUCAAUGAACCUGAUUCGCAAAUUUAUCGCGAUGCAACAACGCUACAGUCUGUUGUGCGCAAUGCCCUUGGUACAAUUCCAGGAUUGCCAGUUUUCAGUCCCAAACAUUGCAAAAGCAAAAUUGGGUUGACGAAACCGAAUUUACCGCUGAAGAGGCAUAAAAACUACGGUGGUGGUGGUGGUGGUGAAAGUAGCAGAUGUAGCGAUCUUGAUCUUGAGAGUGACCUUUCUCGCGGCUCAAAUAUUUCGAUGUCCGAGGCCUUUCUUGCACGUAUGCAUCUUCCGGACAACCUUCGUUCUGCUUCACCUUCUUGUAGUUCUGUGUUUACGAACACGACACCUACGGCAUCACCUGUGAAUGUUGCUAAAACGGGUCGUGGUACGCCGCGAAGAAUGUUUGGACCCACUUCUGAAUUUGAUUUCGAUAAGAUCAAAUUGUAUGAAUUGUAUAAUCUGAUAAGGAAUCACAAGGAUGAUCGCGGGCGUGAACUAUCACUUCCAUUUUUACAGUUGCCGUCGAAAUUUGAUUAUCCUGAUUAUUAUGAUGUAAUCCGUAGACCAAUUGAUCUUACAAAGAUUCGGAAUCGAAUCACAUCGAAUUAUUAUGAUUCAACCGAUGCUUUAAUUAGUGAUUUCAAUUUGAUGUUCGAUAACGCUUGUCGUUAUAAUGAACCAGAGAGCAUGAUUUAUAAGGAUGCACUUUCAUUGCAAAAACUAAUUCUGUUAAAAAAACGCGAUUUGUGUAAAGAUAGCACAUCAGCAAUGAAUGUGCAGUCGGAAGUGCAAGCUCUUCUUGCUUCAAUUCUUAUUUCAGUCAACAAUCAUCAAGACUCUGAUGGCCGAUGUUUUUCCGAUUCAUUGGCUGAUUUACCAGGAAUGUUACGGAGAAAAGGCGUUGAUUCAGAGAACAUUCCAUUCUCCAUCGAUGAAAUGAAAAGGAAUGUUGACAAGGGUCGUUAUCGUCGGUUGGAUAAGUUUCAAGAUGAUCUCUUUUUUUUGUUCAAUGUAGCAAUGGAACAUGCUCAUUCUGAUUCUCAAGUUUUCGAAGAUACUGUCGAGCUUUGGAUGUAUUAUCUGAAAACGCGUGAUGAUCUGACGCGUGCUACGCUGCUAUCGCCUGCUCGUUGGUAUACCGAGAAAAUGCUGUUUACGCAUGUGGACAAUAUUCGAAGACGUAAACUGUUGGAAGAAGCGAAAGAUGACGAGGAUAAUAAAAAGUCUGAAACGUUGGGACCAAAAGCGAUGCUUGCCUGUCUCAAAAAAGCUAAAGCUGAUGGUGAUAUUGUCCUAGAUUCAACUGGACAAGGUGGGAUUAUUUAUCGGGUGAAUGAUUAUGCAUAUGUAGCACCAGCAAGUGAAGAGACAGUGUCGCAACGACAUAUUAUGAGGAUUGAACGGUUGUAUCGUGAUAGCGAUGGACAAACAUUUGCACGUGGUACUUGGUGUUAUCGACCGGAAGAAACAUUUCAUUUAGCUACCCGAAAAUUUUGUGAAAAUGAAGUAUUUCUUACGUCCUACUACGAUACAGUAACAGUGGAUCGCCUCCUUGGAAAAUGUCACGUUAUGCCGAUUCGGCAGUUUAUGAGACAAAAACCAAAAGUAUUCACAUUGAAAAUUU